AUGAGUACAGAAAACAUGGAUCCCCUUGUUUGUAAACGUGGCGCCGUUAAGGCCAAAAUAACUAAUUUUGAAAAGUUUGUUUUGUUUUUAGAAAAUAAGUACCCUGAAAAUGUUGUAACCGAUCGCGUCAAUUUUUUAGAUUUAGAAUCUCGUUUUGAAACAUUUUCUGGUUUGGCGAGCGAGUUUGAGCAGGUUCAAGAUAGUAUUGAAGCUAUUUGUCCAUUAACCGACCUCGAAAAGCAAUAUCAAGAGCGCGUUACGUUCGAUAAUAAUUAUCAUCUGGUGGUUGCUAGGGCUAGAAUAUUUUUAUCGGAUUCUUCUGUUGAUCAGGAUAAUGUAGUCAAUCUCCUCUCAAAUGAUGUAAAUCGUUUCGACGUAGCUGUGAUAUUUGCCCAUCAUCUUUGGUUGGGACCCUUACAAACCAUAUUGUGUACUUAUAUGAUGUACCUUCAAGUUGGUAUAUCUGCAGUGGUCGGAGUUAUUUUACUGAUCGUUUUCAUCCCAAUGUUAAUUUAUCUUGGGAAAAGGAUCUCAAUUUUACGCUUAAAAACGGCCUUAAGGACGGACGAAAGGGUUCGUUUGAUGAACGAAAUUAUUUCCGGAAUACAAGUGAUCAAGAUGUAUGCUUGGGAAAAACCUUUUGCUAUGUUGGUUGAUAAAGUUAGAAGGUUUGAAAUAAAAGCAAUUAGAAAUUCUUCCUACAUGCGAGGAGUACAAUCCUCCUUUAUAAUGUUCAGCACCAGAUUAUCAAUUUUCGGCAGUAUAUUGGCUUAUAUUCUUUUGGGAAACAACGUUACCGCAGAAAAAGUUUUCGUUUUAACUUCAUUCUACAAUAUCCUACGUAUUUUUAUUAAAAACGGCACAGCUAAAUGGACAGAAACAUCAAUAGACAAUACCCUAACAAAUAUAAAUCUCACGGUAACCCCAGGAAAACUUUUGACAGUCAUAGGGCCUGUUGGAAGUGGAAAAUCUUCUUUAUUACACAUGAUAUUACAAGAAUUACCAUUGAGUGGUGGAUCUUUAGAAGUUAAUGGAGAAAUAAGCUACGCUUCUCAAGAACCAUGGCUAUUCGCAGGUUCAGUAAGACAAAACAUUCUUUUCGGACUGCCGAUGGAUAGGAUUCGAUACAACACCGUGGUGAGAAAAUGCAGCUUAGAAAGGGAUUUUCAGUUGCUUCCUUAUGGAGAUAAAACAUUUGUUGGAGAUAGAGGGGUGUCUUUGAGUGGAGGCCAAAGGGCUAGAAUCAAUUUAGCUAGGGCAGUCUAUAAACAAGCAGAUAUAUAUUUAUUAGACGAUCCAUUAUCUGCUGUUGAUACGCACGUCGGGAAAGCUCUAUUCGAACAAUGUAUAACUGGCUUUUUGCGUGACAAAACGGUUGUACUGAUUACACAUCAGCUGCAAUAUUUAAAAGAGGUUGAAGAACAAAAAGGUUCUGGAUCAGUAGGUGCCAAAAUAUACGCCGCCUAUUUCAAAGCCGGAGGAAAUGGUUGCACGAUAUUCAUGACAUUUUUUCUAUUCGUGUUUGCACAGUUUCUAGGAAGUAUCGUAGACUAUUUUAUCACAUUUUGGGUAAACAUAGAACAACAAGAUUUUCUUGCUGCCUUUGAAGCCACCAACGGCAACCAAACUUAUAAUGCAUCAAACCCAAUUAUCGAAUCAAUGAAUUACACCAAUACUGCUUCUUGGCUUACAGACGACGGUUUCCAACCGAAAACUGAUGGAACUGAAUGGGACUUUUGGCAUUUCUCCAGAGAAACUUGCAUUUAUAUUUAUUCAGCUUUAAUAUUGGCUUUGAUCGUUUUUACUAUGAUUCGUGCCUUUGAUAUGGGUGCAAUAGAUGAACUUUUAACAUCAUCUCUAAUUGAUGUGCUCCAAAUUGGUCUUAGUUUGCUCGGUAUAAUCGUUGUUGUGGCCAUUGUAAGUCCCUGGCUGCUUAUUCCUACCGUGAUAGUGGGAAUAGUUUUCCAUUAUAUGAGAAUCUUUUAUCUCAAAACUAGCAGAAGUGUGAAGCGAUUGGAAGGAAUUACAAGAAGUCCAGUUUUCUCUCACCUCAACGCUACUCUGCAAGGGUUAACUACUAUAAGAGCUUUUAGAGCAGAAGAAGUUUUAUCCAAAGAAUUUGAUAGCCAUCAAGACCUACACAGCUCGGCAUGGUUUUCAUUCAUAGCAACCUCAAGAGCUUUCGGAUAUUGGUUGGACAUGGUUUGCAUUGUUUAUAUCACAACAGUUACUUUCAGUUUCUUGCUUAUUGGAAGUGAGAAAUUCGGUGGAAACGUUGGUCUGGCAAUAACACAAGCGAUAGGCUUGACCGGAAUGUUCCAGUGGGGAAUGAGACAAUCGACUGAACUCGAGAACCAAAUGACUUCUGUCGAAAGAGUGGUCGAAUACGACGAUAUUGAACACGAAGGGGCCCUAGAAUCGGCACCAUCUAAAAAGCCCCCUAAAUCCUGGCCCAGUCAGGGGAAAAUUGAGUUCAAACAUGUUUAUUUGAGAUACUUUCCAAAUGACCCUCCUGUUUUAAGAGACCUUUCCUUUUCGAUUCAAUCCAAAGAAAAAAUUGGUAUCGUCGGUAGAACCGGAGCUGGGAAAUCGUCUACUAUAAAUGCCUUAUUCCAACUAAGUGACACAACAGGCUCGAUUAUCAUCGAUGAUAUCAAUAUCACAGAAAUUGGUUUGCACGAUCUUCGUACCAAAAUUUCAAUUAUACCCCAAGAACCUGUACUGUUUUCUGGAACCAUGCGAAAAAAUUUAGAUCCGUUCGAUGAAUACAGCGACAGUGAGAUUUGGAAAGCUUUGGAAGAUGUCGAAUUGAAACAAGCCGUAGAUGAUCUUACUGCUGGACUUAAUUCGCAAAUGUCUGAAGGUGGUUCAAACUUUAGUGUAGGCCAAAGACAAUUAGUCUGUUUGGCAAGAGCAAUUUUGCGCAACAAUAAAAUUCUCGUUAUGGACGAGGCUACAGCCAAUGUAGAUCCUCAAACUGAUGCACUUAUUCAACACACUAUCAGAAGAAAGUUUGCCGAUUGUACAGUACUUACGAUUGCUCAUAGACUCAACACUGUAAUGGAUUCUGAUAAAGUCCUCGUUAUGGAUGCUGGUACAAUGAAAGAGUUUGACCAUCCAUAUAUUCUUCUCCAGGAAAAAACUGGAGUUCUUUACAGCAUGGUGCAACAGACUGGCAAAUCCAUGGCGGAAAAUUUGUAUGAAGUUGCUAAGCAAAAUUAUGAGACCCAUCAUAAAAGCGAUAAUAAUUAA